CUGGUGGGAGCCAUCAUGGAGAGAGCUGUGGUGCAAAUCACCCUCUUUGGGUUGCUGCUGGCUUUGACCACCACACUACCAAGCAAGGACAACUGGGAUAUCUACAGCUUUCACAUCAACUCCACAGUGACCAGUCGUUAUGCAACCACUGUCAUCACAAGCCGCGUGGCCAAUCGUAUGGACGAGUCCAAGGAAAUAGAAUUCCACGUCCGGAUUCCCAAGAACGCCUUCAUCAGUAAAUUCAGAAUGUUUAUAGAUGGCCAAGUGUACGACGGUGUUGUGAAAGGUAAAGAGAAAGCUCUGCAGCAGUACACCGAGGCUGUGUCCCGAGGCCAAAGCGCUGGGAUUGUCAGUUCUGUAGGGAGGACCCUGGAGGAAUUUAAGACCUCUGUGACUGUAGCUGCACACAAAAAGAUCACCUUUGAACUCACAUAUGAGGAGCUGCUGAAACGCAGGCUUGGCAAGUAUGAGCUGCAAAUCCACGCUCGACCCAUGCAGCCUGUCAAAGACUUCAAGGUUGAUGUGUACAUUAAUGAGAAGGCGGGCAUCAAUUUCAUCGAGGUUAAAGGAGGUCUAAGCACCAAAACCCUGGCUAAUGCCAUCACCAAAACACAUGCUGACAAACAGGCGUGGGUGUAUUUCUACCCGACAGAGGACCAACAGAGAACCUGUGACAGCUGUGGAGAGCAGGGUAUGAAUGGAGAUCUGGUUAUUGUUUAUGAUGUCAACAGGAACACCUCACUGGGAGACAUCAAGAGAUCAUCUGGGUACUUUGUUCAUCACUUUGCUCCAUAUGGUCUUGCCCGCAUACCAAAAAAUGUUGUCUUCGUUAUUGAUCAAAGUGGCUCAAUGCACGGCAGAAAAAUGCAACAGACCCGAAUAGCAUUAAUCCACAUCUUGAGCGACCUGGCUGAGGAUGACCACUUUGGUCUCUUCACUUUUGAUAACAACAUUUAUCACUGGAAACGAGAACUUGUUCAGGCCAACGAGGAAAACCUGGAGAGUGCCAAGAAAUUUGCACGGGAUAUUAAAGACCGAGGAUCCACAGACAUUAACAGAGCAGUGUUGGAAGGAGCACGUAUGCUGAAUGCACAUCCCAGAGAAGGUUCAGCGUCCAUCCUUAUACUUCUCACCGAUGGAGACCCGACCUCAGGGGUGACAAAUCUCGAACAAAUACAGUCAAAUGUCAGAGGGGCUAUCGCAGGCAAAUUCCCACUCUACUGUCUUGGUUUUGGUUUUGAUGUCUAUUUUGAGUUCCUUGAGAAGAUGUCGCUGCAGAACAAUGGUGUGGCACGACGGAUUUAUGAAGACUCUGACGCUGAUUUACAGCUGAAGGGUUUCUAUGAAGAGGUGGCCACUCCUCUGUUGACAGAUGUGACAAUGAUCUAUAAUGGUGGGACCAAUCUAACCCAGACUAACUUCAGCCAGUAUUAUAAUGGCUCUGAGAUUGUGGUGGCCGGUCAGAUCACUGACAACGACAUUGAAACCUUCACUGCGCAAGUUGUGGCCAUUUCGAGGAAUAGAAAGAUGAUGUUUUCUGACACAAACGCCACCGUGGAGUCCACUGAAACGGCGUCUGGCAGCCACAUCCAGAGGGUUUGGGCCUACCUUACAGUCAAACAGCUUCUGGAGAAAGAGCUGCUGUUAUCUGGACCUGAGAAGGAGAACGUGAAGAAAGAGGCCUUGGAGCUGUCGCUGAAGUACAGCUUUGUAACCCCACUCACAUCCAUGGUGGUCACCAAGCCUCCAGGGGAGAACACAGAUGUGCUGCAUAAACCCAAGGAAGGUGAAACACCACAGGCACGGGAUCCUUCUGUAAGGCGUCGCACACCUUUGCGGAGUCACCAAGGAUUUCAUUCAUUUUUAACAGCAGGAGGUGGCGGAGCACAAGGUGUUAUGCCAGCUCCUCUUUCCCACAGGUUUUUGUUAAAAACUGAGAAUCUCUCUCUUCCACUUUGCUUUGACGUCACUGGAGAUGUUCGCCUUAAACUACUUCAUCAUCCCAACAGAGAGCUGUCUGUGAAUGGUGAGCUUGAUUCAGUAGCGUAUGGAGGCUUCAAAAGGAUCGUCAUCCACUUCAAGACUGACCUGUAUGUUGAGGUUGACACCAAUGAAAUCACUGUACGAGAGGGACAGACACUGACACGCCACACUGGACAGGAUCUCAUCACAGCUGGAAGUUUGACAGUGAUUAGGCGGGACAAGGAAGUAGAUGUUGCAGCUGGAGACACACGCAUGGUCUUCUUAAUUCACGAGAAGGAUGGCGUUAAAUUCCUCUGGCCGGUUUUAAGACAGCAGCCAUCAGACAACAACGCUACAGGAAUUUUAGCUGUAAAGCCAGCAGUUUAUGAGGAGGUGCAACAAACUCCCUCAACAAAACUGAAGAUCAAGGACCAGGAGGUUGACGUUACCAGGGCCAGUGCUGUUGACUACAGUAUUGUCUCUAACCCGACACUGGACUGCUGGCUCAUGUCUGCUGAGUCUGCCCUGCAGAGACGCCUGGAGGAUUUCAUUGUUACACAACUUUAACUGGGAACCAUGUUGAAUCACUUGCAAAGAUUUAAUUUGAAAUAACAAGUAAGCCAAACUGAUUCAUAACGUGAUACUAACGUGAACAAAUAAAUAAUAUCCCA